AUGUGGAACAGCAAUGGAAAUUCAAUGAUGAAAAUGGCGACGAUGGUGAGGCACUUCUCUUCAAGCUCAAGAAAGCGCGCCCCAAAUCUGAGGAAGAUAAACCCUAGGGUACCAUAUCAAGAAGCAGCCUCCAUCGCCGAAGAUCUAUAUGGCGUCAUAAAGAGCCAUGGCCCUCUCUCCAUCGGAAGCACUUGGAACCACGCCAAGGAUGCUGGAAUAGGUGGAUUAAACAGCAAAACGCACCUAAAAUUGAUGCUGAAGUGGAUGAGGGGUCGACGUAUGCUGAAGCAAAUCUGCAACCAUAUUGGCUCAACCAAGAAAUUUCUGCUCACUACUCUUCCUGAAGAACCUCAAUCAAGCCAGCCAAACAACCCCCAGGAACUGAAGCCGAAGAGCGAAAAAGUUCCAAAGUCGAACAAACGGCAAGCACAAUAA